AUGCUAGUUGCAUUGGCCUUGAAUGAUAGAACAGUGCGGGCGUGGGAGGUGGCUACGGAGUUGUGCCACAGCGUGCCUGAGGGCUGUACUGAUUUGGCUAGGGUUGUCUUCUUCUUGCUGGACGGGCAGCGGUUCGCGUUGGCCUUGGACGACACAGCAAUGCGAGUGUGGGAGGAGGCGGCGGCGGGGCUGUGCCUCAGCGUGUUCGAGGGCCAUACUGACUGGGUCAGGGUCGUCGCCCUCUCGCUGGACGGGCAGUUGGUCACGCCGGCCUCUUACGAUACAACGGUGCGGGUAUGGGAGGCGGCGACGGGGUUGUGCCGCAGCGUGCCUGAGGGCUACGUCCGCUCCAUUAGGGCCAUUGCCUUCUUGCUGGACAGGCAGUAUUUUCAAACUGAUUGA